UGUACUGUUAUAUGUGGUGACAGUGUAAAUAUUCUAGCGCUGAACGCGAGUUUUUUUUAAAUUAUUCAGAAUAUUGUUUGAUGUCCAAAAUUUAAAACACCAAUAGUUUAAUUUGAAAAUGACUAUUUCUGCACUGAUACUAUUCAUUUUCCUAAUCGUGUACAAUUUGGCUUUGCAAGAACAUGAAGAACGGGAUUUCGAAAGUUUGUUCAUAUCUACUUGGUUUUAUUUCAACAUGGCAACAGUAUCACUGCCAAUGAUAAAUGUAAUCCCAGAUAUCGAAUGGGAAAGACGUUGCACGAAGAUAUGUUUGCAGUGUCUAACAUUUUUGCUCUCAGAAACAUCUAUUUACAUGUCAAUUAUGAUAUUGGGCAAUGAAUUGAUUGUUCACAAAGUCAAGGAGCCGUAUUAUAUGUUUUGUAUAAUUGGUGCUGGCACCUUUGCGAUAUCAAAUGCACUAUUUCAUUUGUCAAUCAUUUAUUAUGAUGCUAAAGAUGAACGACUAUUGCAUAAAACUCCAUUUAUAAUCGUGAAAGUUUUAUGUUGUAUUAGCAUCAUCACGUUGGGAGGAAUCUCGAUAAUUUUCGGCUGUGAAUCUGACAUUGAAGCGCAAGUUGUUUAUCGCACUCCUUUACAUGUGGUAGCUUUUUACGCUGUCACUAUAUUGUCAGUUGGUUGUUCGACUCUAAAAUUGGCGAAUCGAUUCAAUAUUUUGGAAUAUUGCAGCAAUCUAAUUGUAAUGUUUUCUCCAAUAUUAUGGAUCAUGUAUAUGACGAGAGAACUGAAAAAAGUGAAAACAAUUGACCAAAAUUUACGUACUAUGGGAGUUGCAUUCGGUCUCUUUGAUCGUGAAAGGCACGAUUUUGGAGAAUAUUACAGGAAAUGGCAAAAGGACAACUUAUCUCUCAAUUCAUGGGAUAUGCUCGAUUUUGUGAUGUUAUUCCCGAUCAUGUUUUCAUUCGGCCAAUAUUUGCAAUAUGUUUGGAAUGAAAAAAAUAUUGCAAAGGAUCGUUCUAGUUUACUGAAUACCAAGCUGCAUACAGUUCAAUCUCAAUGAAAAUCUUUUAAAAACAAUGAAAUAAUGUUUGAAUAAAGGCAAACUAUUGGAAAAUGGAACAGAUUUCAAGCGUAUAUUUAUGAAAAAAAAAA